GCCACAAUAUUAAACACACAGCAGCCAAAAGCAGACGGACGUCAAUAUAUUUAUUUGGUUCCAAUAUCGUUCACAUAACGACUGAUUUAUAUUCGAGAGAUUUUUAUGAGUUAACUUUACCACACAACGUAAAAUGUAUGCUAUUUUAUUGAGCUGUGUAGCACUGAUUCUACAAUUACUUCCGCCCGUUGAUGGAGCUGUGAGAUUUACUCAUGUUCCACCAUCUAUCUUGUAUGUGCCUAAUGGCGAAACUGCAAAGUUUGUCUGGGAUUACCAUGUCGAUGACCGAGACAGUGAGUUUUUUACAACGUCACCAGAAUGGUUUUACACUAAUAACAUUAACAAGAGUAAAAUUGCUGCUGAAAACUAUGGCUUUGUAAGUGGAAGAUUUGAAUGGACAUGGUCUGUAUCACCAUCGUGUCCAGCGAGACUGAGACAUCGACUCAGCAAGGAAUCUGUUGCCACUCUGGUCAUCUCAAAUGUGAACACGCUAGAUAAUGGAAACUAUUCCUGCAAAUUAGUUUUAAAUGGGGGUCAGAACCCAUUAACAAACGAAACACAGCUAAUAGUAACAGUGCGGCCAAAAUUUAUCAUCAAUCCACCAUCCUCUGUAGUUAUAUCGGAAACAUCGAAUCUAGGUGUAUCUUGUGCAGCAACGGGACAACCAACACCUAACAUAACCUGGAUAAGAUUACGGGAUAGGGCAAUCAUAAGCCGAGGAGUAAGAAGUGCCACAUUGAGCAUACCGACGAUUAGAAGGGAUCAGAAUGGAACUUAUGAAUGCCAAGCUACCAACAACCCAAACGAGCGUCCACUUUCUGCGCGGACUAAUGUUGAUGUUGAGUAUCCUUCAUCCAUCACAACCAGUCCAAAGGACAUUGUUGUUACUAAAGGUGAUCAGAUCGUUAUAACUUGUCGUGCAAGCGGGAACCCUUCACCUUCCAUUUCCUGGUCAAAAGGGAGUGGAACCAUAAGACCAGGACAUACAGCUUCUGGUAAUACUCUAGUAAUCCCUUAUUCUGUCAAGACUGAUGCUGGCAGGUACAUCUGCAAGGCCAGAAAUGUUUACGAAAUGACAAUUCACACAGCAGUGGCUUCGGGAUAUGUUACUGUAAAAUACCAACCAACGAUUUUGUCAAAGUCCCAAAACCAGAUCAUCAACGAGACAGACCUUCUUCGUCUGACAUGUAUAUCUGAUGGAUACCCAGCACCAAACAUCACGUGGACCAAGUCCUCAGGAUCCAUUACAUCCUCCGUCAGUCUUAUAAGCAACGAGUACCAUGUUCAGUCAGCAAAGAGAUCAGACACAGGGACAUACACGUGUACAGCUAGUAACGGGAUAGGAAGAGAAGUAGUGGCCAGUAUACAAGUUACUGUGCAAUUUUGCGCUGUUCAUUCAUUGGUUAUCCUGUUCCUCGUGCCACGUGGUAUAAACCAUCAGGGUCAAAAAUAACUAAGCAAGAUGAUAUAACCUCAAACAAUGAAGAAGGUACAUUUUCAAGUGAGUUGAACAUAACAACCAUYGCUCCAGAAGAUUAUGGAAAAUACAGAUGUUUUGUUACUAAUGUAGUUGGUAGCGAAGAACAUUACAUCACGGUCAAGCAGCUAUUUACUCCAUUCGAACCAGCGCUGCCACACUCCAUAAGUGAUUCCAAAGGCACACAGAUCACCAUAUUCUGGUGUGUUCCUGAUGUUAAAGGUGGAACCCCUGUCAUUGACUACAAAGUGGAGAUCAACACUGACCCACCGAGGGAGUUUAUCAGUAAAAAUACAUUUGCWGAAGUAAAAGAUCUGAAGGAGAAUACACAAUAUACCGUAAAAAUAUAUGCAAGGAAUAAAGCUGGUUAUGGAGAUCCAGUUAAUAGAGUAAUCGUGACACAAAAUCCUGAAAACCAUACUACAUUUAUCGUCGCGUCGUUGGUGACGAUUUUGGUGAUAUCUUUGGUGGCUAACGCAUUGUUUAYAAUCACCUUGAUCAAAACACAAAGAGCAGAAAACAAAUGCAAAUUUACUAAACGCUCUAGGAAUACAUCCUACGAGAAUAAGACAAAUGUAGAAUUGGAAAGCAUCCCAGACAAAGAGACGUUCUGUUCAAAUGAUGCCAACGUCAGACCCGGUAUACAAAGCGAUGCAUCUUGUGAAGCCGUGGUAGACAAUGCUUCUCAUUACCAAUCUCUCAGUUCUGCAACUCGACGUACCGUURAUGAGGCGCGGCCUCCUCAGCUUUAUGAGCCAUUGAUUAAAAAUUCUAAGAAACCUCGGCAAAGCGAAUAUGCGUCAGUCCAGAUUAAUAGCCGUUCGAAUCCCGAGGGUGUGGUUGAAGAAAAAAACCCUAAGGAAAAUGCCACCGUUGCAUAAAAAACGACUGCUCAAAUUA